AUGUCUUCAGAUCGUGAUGUUGAGGUGACUCAACAACAGGCCCAAUACAAUGCCACACAUGUAAUCGAUGACAAGGAUGGCCUCGAGGCCAACGAAAAGGCUCUGGGACCUACUCCAGAUGGCGAAGAGCCCACUCAGGAUGAAAUCAAGAACUUGCGCCAUAUUGCGGAGAACCUGCCUGUCUCCGCCUGGCUGGUCGCUAUUGUCGAACUUUGCGAACGUUUCACAUACUACGGUAUGAGCGGGUUGUAUCAGAACUACGCGAACCUUCCUCUAGAUGGUAGCCAAGGACGUGGUGCUCUGGGCCUUGGUCAUCAGGGUGCAACUGGUCUUACCACCUUCAACCAGUUCUGGUGCUACGUCACUCCCAUUGUUGGUGCCAUUGUUGCCGAUCAGUACCUUGGAAAAUACAAGACCAUCGUUCUCUUCUCCAUUAUUUACAUGAUUGGUUUGCUCAUUCUGGUUUGCACUUCAAUUCCCUCGUCUCUUGAACAUGGCGCUGGUUUGGGAGGCUUCGUCGUUGCCAUCCUGAUCGUCGGUCUGGGAACUGGUGGUAUCAAGAGUAACGUGGCCCCUCUGAUUGCCGACCAAUACAAGCGGAAGAAGAUGGCUAUCAAAACCAUCGCCAAGACUGGCGAACGGGUCGUCAUUGAUCCUGCCCUGACAAUUCAGCGUAUUUACAUGAUCUUCUACGGAUGUAUCAACGUUGGUUCUCUCUCGUUGCUGGCCACUCCUUACAUGGAGAGAGAUAUCGGCUACUGGUCUGGUUAUCUGCUUUGUCUGUGCAUGUUCAUCUGCGGUUCCUGCGUGCUUAUUGUCGGACGCAAGUAUUACGUCGUCCGCCCUCCCCAGGGUUCUAUCAUCACCAACGCCUUCAAGGCGCUGUGGAUUAUGGUCAUCAAUCGUAACAUGGACGCGCCCAAGCCCACCUGGCAGGCUGAGCACGGUAGCCGCGACGUGCCUUGGGACGACCACUUCGUCGACGAGCUCAAGCGUGCUCUGGUUGCCUGCAAAGUUUUCGCUUUCUACCCCAUCUACUGGGUCGUCUACACUCAGUUCUCGAGUAACUUCGUCACUCAGGCCGAUCAGAUGGAGGGCCAUGGUGUUCCCAACGACUUGAUGCAGAACUUCGACCCUAUCUCCAUUAUCGUUUUCAUCCCGGUUCUGGAACUAACGGUCUACCCCUUGCUCCGUCGUUGUCAUAUCCAGUUCCGUCCUAUUACCCGUAUCGCUCUAGGCUUCAUCGUCGCCUCUUUGGCUAUGAUGUACGCCGCCAUUGUCCAGCAUCUCAUUUACUCUGCCGGACCCUGUUACGAGCACCCUGGCUGUGAUGCCUCCAUCGUCAACGGACAGACCACUGGCAACCGCGUGCACAUUGCCAUUCAGACCCCUGCCUACGUGUUCAUCGGUCUCUCGGAGAUUUUCGCAUCGGUGUCCGGUCUUGAGUACGCUUACACCAAGGCGCCCCCAACCAUGAAGUCGUUCGUGCAGUCCAUGUACCUCCUCACCAACGCCUUCGGUGCCGCCAUCGCUGAGGCUCUUACUCCUGCCGCUUACGAUCCCGCCAUCAUGUGGAUGUUCGUCGGUCUUGCCGUUGCUUCGUUCCUCGCCGGUGUCAUCUUCUUCAUCGUGUACCGCCAUCUGAACCACACAGAAGACGAGAUGAACGCCCUCGACGCCGAUGAUGAUGUCGUAGCUGCGGCUCAGCAGGCGGAGGAGGAGAAGAGGAGGAAGAAAGAGGAGAGCUCCUGA